CUCGCACUUUACCUGGCCGAUAACAAAUAUCAACAAUACCAGGAAGACAACAACAAGAACCGAUUCACUGAGGCUGAACUAAAAGAGAAGUGGAAUCUAGAUCUAGAUAUGAUAAUAGAUCUAAUAUGGCAUGAAGAGAAAGUUCAUGGAAUUAAACCGUUGAUGUUUUCUUCCACUUUGUGAAUUUGAAGAACGGUACGGCGAAACCUACUCUCCAAGCUGUUUUUGCUGCGAGUGUCAAGAUGGGAAAUGGUAUGAACAAGAUCUUGCCUGGUCUCUAUAUUGGUAAUUUCCGGGAUGCCAAAGAUGAGAAACAGCUCAGUGAGAACAGCAUUACGCACAUAGUCUCCAUUCAUGACAAUGCUAAGAAGAUCCUUGAGGACAAAGAGUACCUCUGCAUCCUAGCCAGUGAUACACCAGAUCAAGAUCUCAGCAAAUUUUUCCCUCAAAUUAUUCGAUUCAUUCACAAGGCACGUCUUGAUGGUGGAUCUGUUCUUGUUCAUUGCCUGGCCGGUGUGUCACGUAGUGUGACAGUGACGGCAGCUUACAUCAUGACAGUGACAGAACUUGGCUGGAGGGAUUCCCUCAACGCCAUACGAGGGGCCCGCAGUGUGGCCAACCCAAACUUUGGCUUCCAGAAACAGCUACAAGCCUACGAUCACGAGCAUGUUGUGGAGGAAAGGAAAAAGUUGCGCAGCCAAUUCCCACAUAACUCUUUCAAGGACGAGGAAGAGUGCAGAGUGAAUCUCCGCUGUUUCCAGCAUUACAUCAUGACCGGCGACCUCCCCUCCCGUUCAGAUGACCUCUACCCCUUGCCCCAUCGAGCCUACCAGAGCCCUGCAAAGAAAGAGUCGGAGAGUUCGAGCAGCAAAAAUAAGGUAGACACUCACAGCCCGUCGCUGUCUCAGCAUCAGCAACAACAGCGUGGUCGACACCGGCACCACCAUCACCACCACCACCACCAUCAUCAUCGCCACCAACAACUUAAACAUAGACCUCAGCGCGAAAUAGUGAAUGAAGAAAGCAAUGACAAUCAUUCUGAAGACAGAAACCAGGAAACAGUUGCUGGUUCGAGUGCGAAAGUUGACACUGCGGAGAGACAAGCUGAGGAAUCCGCCCCGUCUUUGUCCGGGCUCAGUUUGGACGACAACAGCAACUCAGGCAGCAAAAGUUCUAACCACAACGACAAUGGUCGGUCCUCAGCACGGGACGGGAUUGUUCUAGAGACACUAUUUGAUCAUGCCUCGGAUUAGCGAACGAUGACAGAAUUGUCACCAAAACCAUUGUUGAUUGUCAAGUGUUUUGGACAGUCGCAGGCCUUGCAAGUCUUACUUUGUUUUAAAAAGUGCUUUCUUAUUUUGUUUUACUUUUUUAUUACCCUAUCUCCCUGCCCAUCAUCUCACUCAUAUAAUCUUUUUCAUAAAAAGCAUUUCAUUGUUUAAGUUA